CCUACAGGAGAUAGUGGACCUGCAGGGCCUGCAGGACCUGCAGGAUCUCCUGGAUCGACAGGACUUCCUGGGAUUCCAGGAAUGGACGGAACUCCAGGAGAGCCGGGACUUCCAGGAACUCCAGGAAAUGAUGGAAAUGAUGGAGCUAAGGGAGCUGUAGGACCCGCAGGACCUCCAGGAACUGAAGGACUUCAAGGACUUAAAGGAUCUCCAGGAGAUACUGGUCCUACAGGAGAUAGUGGACCAUCAGGGCCUGCAGGACCUGCAGGAUCUCCUGGAUCGACAGGACUUCCUGGGAUUCCAGGAAUGGACGGAACUCCAGGAGAGCCGGGACUUCCAGGAACUCCAGGAAAUGAUGGAAAUGAUGGAGCUAAGGGAGCUGUAGGACCCGCAGGACCUCCAGGAACUGAAGGACUUCAAGGACUUAAAGGAUCUCCAGGAGAUACUGGUCCUACAGGAGAUAGUGGACCAUCAGGGCCUGCAGGACCUGCAGGAUCUCCUGGAUCGACAGGACUUCCUGGGAUUCCAGGAAUGGACGGAACUCCAGGAGAGCCGGGACUUCCAGGAACUCCAGGAAACGAUGGAAAUGAUGGAGCUAAGGGAGCUCAAGGACUUCAAGGACCUAAAGGAGAUAGUGGACCUUCAGGACCUAAAGGAGAUAGUGGACCUUCAGGACCGCCAGGACCUGCAGGACCUCAAGGACCUCCUGGAUUGAUACAAGUGACUAUACCAGAACUACCAUCAAUACCAGGAAUACCACCAAUAUCACUACUAGGGCUCAAAGGAUCAAAAGGAGAAUCUGGAGCUAAAGGAUCUGCUGGAUCUCCUGGGUCGGCAGGAACUCCUGGAACUCCAGGAAUGGAUGGAACUCCAGGAACGCAAGGGUCUCCUGGAUCGGCAGGAACUCCUGGAACUCCAGGAAUGGAUGGAACUAAAGGAGAGCAAGGACCUCCAGGACUUAAAGGAAUUGCAGGAACUCCAGGACCUAAAGGAGAUAGUGGAACUAUAGGACUUCCAGGAUUAGAUGGCUCUGAUGGAUCUCCAGGAACUGAAGGACCUAUAGGACCUGCAGGACCUACAGGACCUGCAGGACCUCCAGGAACUCCAGGAAUUAAUGGAAAUGAUGGAGCUAAGGGAGCUCAAGGACCUGAAGGAAUUCAAGGACCUCUAGGGCCUUCAGGACCUAAAGGAGAUAGUGGACCCAAAGGAGAUAGAGGACCUUCAGGGCCUGCAGGAUCCGAUGGACCUGCAGGAACUCCAGGUAUGGACGGAACUCCAGGAAUGGACGGAACUCCAGGAGAGCCAGGACUUCCAGGAACUCCAGGAAAUGAUGGAAAUGAUGGAGCUAAGGGAGCUCAAGGACCUAAAGGAGAUAGUGGACCUUCAGGACUUCAAGGACCUAAAGGAGAUAGUGGACCCAAAGGAGAUGGAGGACCUUCAGGGCCUGCAGGAGCCGAAGGACCUGCAGGAACACCAGGUAUGGACGGAACUCCAGGAAUGGCCGGAACUCCAGGAGAGCCAGGACUUCCAGGAACUCCAGGAAAUGAUGGAAAUGAUGGAGCUAAGGGAGCUCAAGGACCUCUAGGACCUAAAGGAGAUAGUGGACCUUCAGGACUUCAAGGACCUAAAGGAGAUAGUGGACCUUCAGGACCACCAGGAUCUCCUGGAACUGCGGGACCUGCAGGACCUCCUGGAUCGUUACAAUUGAUUAUACCAGGACUACCACCAAUACCAGGAAUACCACCAAUAUCAUUGCCAGGAUUCAAAGGUUCAAAAGGAGAAACUGGAGCUACAGGAUCUGCUGGACCUCCUGGAUCGGCAGGGACUCCUGGGACUCCAGGAAUGGAUGGAACUCCAGGAACGCAAGGGUCUCCUGGAUCGGCAGGAACUCCUGGAACUCCAGGAAUGGAUGGAACUAAAGGAGAGCAAGGACCUCCAGGACUUCAAGGAAUUGCAGGAACUCCAGGACCUAAAGGAGAUAGUGGAACUAUAGGACUUCCAGGAUUAGAUGGCUCUGAUGGAUCUCCAGGAACUGAAGGACCUAUAGGACCUGCAGGACCUACAGGACCUGCAGGACCUCCAGGAACUCCAGGAAUUAAUGGAAAUGAUGGAGCUAAGGGAGCUCAAGGACCUGAAGGAAUUCAAGGACCUCUAGGGCCUUCAGGACCUAAAGGAGAUAGUGGACCCAAAGGAGAUAGAGGACCUUCAGGGCCUGCAGGAUCCGAUGGACCUGCAGGAACUCCAGGUAUGGACGGAACUCCAGGAAUGGACGGAACUCCAGGAGAGCCAGGACUUCCAGGAACUCCAGGAAAUGAUGGAAAUGAUGGAGCUAAGGGAGCUCAAGGACCUCAAGGACCUAAAGGAGAUAGUGGACCUUCAGGACCUCAAGGACCUAAAGGAGAUAGUGGACCCAAAGGAGAUGGAGGACCUUCAGGGCCUGCAGGAGCCGAAGGACCUGCAGGAACACCAGGUAUGGACGGAACUCCAGGAAUGGCCGGAACUCCAGGAGAGCCAGGACUUCCAGGAACUCCAGGAAAUGAUGGAAAUGAUGGAGCUAAGGGAGCUCAAGGACCUCAGGGAAUUCAAGGACCGCUAGGCUCUCAAGGACCUAAAGGAGAUAGAGGACCUUCAGGACUUCCAGGACGUCCUGGACCUGCAGGACCCGCAGGACAUCAUGGACAUACAGGACCUGCUGGACCUGCAGGACUACAAGGACCUUCAGGACCGGCAGGACCUCCAGGACCUGCAGGACCUCCAGGGCCUCCAGGGGAACCAGGAUAUUCAGGACAACCAUGGCAUCCAUGGCAUCCAUGGCAUCUAGAAUAUCCUGGACAUCCACAACAUCCACAACAUCCAGGACAUCCAGAAAAUCCAGGACAUCCAGAACAUCCAGAACAUCCAGGACAUCCAGGACAUCCAGGGCAUCCAGGACACCCAGAACAUCCAGGGCAUCCAGGACAUCCAGGACAUCCAGGACAUCCAGGACAUCCAGGACAUCCAGGAUAUCCAGGACAUCCAGGACAUCCAGGUCAUCCAUCAAAUUGCUCUCGUCCACCAUGGUCGACAACUUCAGCAACCACAACAAUGACAACCACAACAACCCCUUCUACACCAACCAUAACUAAAAAACCAACGAGGCCACACCCACACCCCACCAAACCACAUUGGACACCACAUCCACAUCCAGCUACAUCCACUAUGGAACCCGAUACUACGGUGGCGCCCAUCUUGGACUGUAACGCAUCUAGCUACUUCGCAUUCGGAUCAGGAUUUAUUCCAAGGAAUGCUCCUUACACGUUACUGUUUGGAAAUUUAUACACAAGGCAUUUGGAAGUCAACGUAUCAAUUAUUGCUGAUUCUACGCAGGAUGUGAUAUUCAGCAGAACCAUAACGGUCAAUAGAAAUGCUUUGAAAACAAUCAGCUUCGAGUUUUUCGACAUACCUGCUGAUAACUUUACCCUGACGAUCACUAGUGCGGAUGAAACCUGUGACAUUGAUGUAUACAAGGACCUAGUAUACAAUCCGAAACGGAUGUCUAUUUUCAUUCAAACCGACAAACCUAUUUACAACCCAGGAGAUCGAAUGCGCUUUCGCGUCGUAAUGGUUGAUCCUGACACCAAACCAGUGACGAACAAUGGCCCUGUGAGGAUAAGAAUCUCGGAUGCUAAAAGAAACUCCAUAGCGCGAUGGCGGAACGCGGCACUAACUAACGGAGUUUUUUCAUCUGGAAUUCAGUUAGCGUCAUCUCCUAAUUUGGGAAACUGGACCCUAGAGGUGUCAGUUGAUGGACAUACGACAGUUCAAGUAUUCGAAGUGCGUCAGUAUGAUCUGCCGAAAUUCUACGUAAAGGUCUACCCCACCGAACUUUCGCUUAUAGAGAACAAAGAGAUUCAGAUCACGAUCGACACAGAAUACACAUUCGGUCACCCAACCGAGGGAACACUCCUUCUUCGACUAUUUACGAACGAAGAUGAUCUAGCGCCACUCAGAACCAAAACGAUGAGUAUAAAUGGGAAGGCGACUGUUAAGUUUGACCUUGAAGAUGACGUACUAAUUGAAGACGACAGUGUUUAUCAGGACGUGAUAAUCAAGGCAAGCAUUAAGGAAAAACAUACUGAUCGUGUGGUUGACAUCACUCAAUACGUUCCUGUGUUCCGUAAUCCGAACAGAAUUGAGUUUGAUGGACCAUUGGAUCGAUUGUUUCCAGGUGUACCAUAUCUAGUGAAACUCUCAGUAAAGGAUCACUAUGGUGACACUCCUGAAGGCCCUGGAACGGUAGAAGUGGUAGCUUACUAUAACGGAGAUCCGACCGACGGUAGACAAACCAUAAAUGCUAAUCUUGAUGAUCAUGGCUUAGCAACGCUAUAUCUAGAUGUACCAGAGGAAGCUUCGGAGUUAACAAUCGAGGCGACCUACGACUCGGUAAACUAUGGCCAAAUUGGCACUAUUGAAGCUAUAGAAUCAGAAAGCGCACAUUAUAUACGGGUGACACUCAAUCCAAGAUACAGAGUUCGCUCCAAUAAGGACGUUGUCUUCGGUGUGAGGUGCACUAAAUAUAUGAAACGAUUUUGGUACGUAAUUACGGCCAGGGGACGUGUUGUCACUGCGAGCAAUAUGGUCGUGCCGAACAAAAAAAGUUUGAACUUCAAAGUAAGACUAACACCCGAGAUGGCACCUAUUGCACGACUCUCGGUGUUCAAUGUUGAUGACGGACUGCUCAUUCACGACAGCUUGCUCCUGAACUUCGAAACGUUCAAUAACAAUGUAAUGAUGGCAUUAGACAGGGAAGAUUAUCGACCAGGACAGGAUAUCUAUGUAGACGUAGCGGCAGCGGAAGAUUCUUAUAUCGCAUUGCAGGCCAUAGACCAAAGCGUACUCGUUGUAGAUAACCAAAAGUACGGGUUCAGUAAAACUGAUGUCCUCAAUGAUCUGGCCCUUUACGAUCCCCCGUCCAACGAAACAGAUGACUUUUCAUUCUCGGCGGGUCUCUUUUUGAGAUCAGCCAUCAAGCAAGAUAUUCUGCGAUCCCGCGGGGCAAGCACUCGUGCUGCCGUUUGCUGUUCUGGAAUAACAAAACUACUUCGGAAGCCAAUACUCAUCAGGACCAUCUUUCCAGAGACGUGGAUGUGGAGACAUUUCUCGAUGGAUGGAAAGAAAACAAGCGUCUCGGAUACGGUUCCGGAUACGAUAACGUCAUGGCAGUUGUCUGGAUUUGCGCUCAGUCCAACUUUGGGUCUUGGUAUUCCUGAGAAAUCGAAACAUUUUGUCGUCAAACAACCAUUCUACAUAAUCGUCAACCACCCAUACUCAUUGAAACGCAACGAAACGACACUUAUCCAUGUCACGUUGUAUAAUUUCAUUGGAAAUGACCUUCUAACGGAUGUGACAAUGUUCAACAAGAGAGACGAGCUUGAGUUCGUUGGAGCUACCGUUCAUCAAUCGUUGCGUGCUGUUAUUAAUGAGACAACUACUCAGCUUACGAAGACGGUUGUUACACCCAGCGGUAUUGGGAAAACCAUUUCAUUUAUGAUAAGAGCUAAAAAAUUGGGAGACAUCGCGAUCAAGGUCCAAGCCAAAAAUUUGUUGGCGUCUGAUGCGGUGGAGCAUAUUUUGCAUGUCACUCCAGAAAGUCAUUUAUACAUGAAGAACGAAGCAAGAUUCAUUGAGCUUGGUAGACCAGGCAAGAAAAAAUUCAAGAUCGAUAUCGACGUUCCGAGAGGAAUCGAUGAAGGGUCCUUGCAAAUAAAGUUCACUCUAGAUGCAAACUGCCUGGGUACAACCGUGCAGAAUCUCGGUAAUCUGAUUAAUCCACCGAGUCAUACUUGUGGAGAAUUAAAUAUGUUGAGUUUCGUGCCGAAUAUUGUCAUAUUAGAUUACCUCUCCGAAACAGGCGUGGUAGCAGAUAGUGUGAAAUCCAAAGCCCUCAGAUACCUCCAAACUGGUUAUCAGAAUCAGUUAAAGUUUAAGCAUCCUGAUGGUUCGUUCAGCGUCUGGGGUCGUCUAGACUCAGAAGGCAGUACUUUCUUGACUGCAUUUGUGGCAAAAUCGUUCAAAUUGGCGUCUGUAUAUAUUGAUAUAGACGAAACAGUUAUAGCCGAUGCAUUCAAUUGGUUAGCGGAUAUUCAAAAAACGGAUGGAAGGUUCGAGGAAGUAGGACAAGUUUACCAUGCAGAUAUUCAAAGUGGAAUACGUAACAACAGCAUUGCACUCACCUCUUAUGUAUUGAUAGCAUUUUUGGAGAAUCCCGAUAUCGCUGCUAAUCACACCCCCACGGUUCGGAGAGCGUUGAGGUUCUUAUCGGGCAAAUACGAUGAAAUCGACGAUUCAUAUGAUCUAGCUCUGACAACGUAUGCCUUUUCGCUGGCUGGUCAUCCGAAGGCCAAACAAGCUCUUGAUGAUCUUAUUGAUCAGUCGAUACUUGAUGGAGAAAAUGGUCUCCGUUACUGGAACAGGACAUCCGCAAGUGUUGAAAUCGCUGGAUAUGCAAUUCUAUCGUUAAUGAAAAACAAUGUAGUGAUUGGGGUGAUGGAAAUUGUACAAUGGCUAACUCAGCAGCGUUACGGACAGGGCAGUUACGGGGGAGUACAAGACACAAUUGUUGGAUUGGAGGCACUAACGAAGUUUUCUGCCCAAAUUUCAUCAAAGAAAAAUGACUAUCGAGUCACUAUUUGGCACAAACCCUAUAGAACCCACACCUUUGACGUCGACAAAAAUGAUACAUUUAGUAUUCAAGAGCUUGAUAUUCCAAGCCACGUUAGACAGAUACGGGUUGAAAUCGUCGGAGUGGGUUACGGUAUGUUCCAAGUGGCCUAUCAAUAUUAUAUGAGCAUUGAACGGGCCAGACCGAGCUUCAAGAUAAACGUGGAAGUGUUGAAGCGUUCCAAUUAUUACGUACAGCACUUGCAAGUAUGUGUGAAAUAUAUUCCACGGGAAGCAUAUCAAAGAUCGAACAUGGCAAUGAUUGAAGUAUUCUUCCCGAGUGGGCUCGUUGCUGACGAGGACUCUGUCCAAGAUCUAUCCCGCUACCCUCAAAUUCAAAAAACUGAACUUCGAUUCGCCGCUACUUCCGUUGUUGUUUACUAUAACAGCCUGAGUCCAGAAGCUAGUUGCUUCCGAGUCACCGCUUACCGUAGGUACAAGGUUGCAAAUAAUCGUCCCGCUAACGUUGUUGUGUAUGAUUUGUACGACCUAGAUCGCUUCGCCGUCAAAUCAUACCAAGGCAUAGUGGCUCAACUGUGCGAUAUUUGCGAAGAUGAGGAAUGUGAAAGCCUGUCCUGUCCCUGAAUCCUUUGCUAUCGUGAUUGAAUCUAUGAACAUAUUUUGAGU